AUGGUGCGAGCUGCCACUAAUGCUCAUGGAAGACAAGCUGCAAGAGAAACUGAAGUGACACUUCAACUGCUGCGUAAUGGCAUAUGUGUUAAACAAGAAUGUCAUUGUUGCUUUAAUGAAAAAAACUGUUCUGGGCUGAUGAUCAGAUCAGUAAUUUCUGAAGGCAAGUCAGAGGAUGAGUUUCCUGGGAGACCUUGCAAGCGCAUUGUAAAGGUUACCUGCCAUUUUUGGAGAAGUGAUGAGUUUAACAACCUCAUCUUCAACAUUGAUGAGAUUGUGAAAGCAAACUUAGGUAACAACAUUUGCCAGUUGUUAGACAGAAAUCUCACCCGCCUGUCUGAGAAACCAGUUCCCAAUGACGUCACAUUAUGUUUCUUUCCGUGGACCCUUAGAGAUGGGCCAAAAUAA